UGUUCACCACAGUCAUCGGAGCGAGGCAGCAUGGAUGACAUGGAGACUUGGCCGGAGAUAGAGAAAGCUAAGACAGAGAGGAGGCGUGAGCUGGUUUUACAGGGUCCCGGUGUGGACACGAGGAUCUCCUCUCAUGGCGGACUCACCAGGUCCAUCUACUCCCUCACGCUGCUCAACUACCUGGAGGUGAGCCAGUGUCCCAGUCUGACAGAGAUCCACGAGGACAUCCGGCGGCUGACCACCCUGCAGAGCCUCAUCCUGUGCAGGAACAAGCUCGCCUCCUUCCCGGACGUCAUCAGCCUCCUGGGGUCCCUGAAGGUCCUGGACCUGUCGGUGAACAACCUGCAGGUUCUGCCGGAGGGCAUCACCCAGCUGAGCGAGCUGAACACCCUCAACGUGAGCUGCAACAGCCUGGAGGAGCUGCCUGCCGGCCUGAGCCGUUGCACCAAGCUCUCCACCAUCAACGUCUCCAAGAACCGCAUCACCCGCUUCCCCGCGGACCUCUACUCGGAGAAGCUGGACCUCCUCAGCUCCCUGGUGGCCUCCGACAACGCCAUCGAGGAGCUGAGCGGAGAUGUUCACAAGCUGUCUGCUCUGAAGGUUCUGGAUCUCUCUGGCAACAAGCUGAAGGAAAUCCCGUGUGAUCUGAGCGACUGCCCCAAGCUGAAGGAGAUCAACUUCAAAGGCAACAAGCUGAACGACAAACGCCUCGAAAAGAUGGUCAACGGCUGCCAGACCAAGUCGAUCCUCGAGUACCUCAGAGGAAAAGGAAAAGGGAGACAGGGAGAGGAAGGAGGAGAUGCAGAGGGCGGACGCAAUGUCGAUAAAAAGAAAAGGCAGCAGCAGAGGAAGAAGAAGGCGGCAGACGAACCCGAUGAGGUGGAAGAACUGAACAAGAUGGUGGUGAGGAUUCUCCACGUUUCGGACGCGCCCACAGCGCUCACGGUCAAAGUGAUGGCGGAAGUUAAGGAUGUUCGGCCCUACCUGGUGUGCUGCGUGGUCCGAGGCAUGAACCUGAAGUCUGGGAAUUCUCUCAAACGGUUCCUCGUGGCUCAGACCAAGCUUCACGACGAUUUGUGUGGUAAAAGGACCACGGCAACCAUUGCAACUCAUGAUGUGCAGCUUCUCAAAGGCCCCCUGACGUACGAGGUCAAACCCCCCACCCAGCUAAAGAUUGUGUCACUGGGCCGGAAGGAGAUGACGGCGGUGGAGCUGAUGAGACACCUCCACCUAGAGGCCGACGAGCUGAGGAAGCAGAAGAAACGGCAGAAUGUUACUGGCCUCCACAAAUACCUGCAGCUUUUGCAAGGAAAAGCCUUCUAUCCCUGCCUGGUAGACGCAGAGGGACGUGUGAUCUCAUUCCCACCUAUUACCAACAGUGAGAACACCAAGAUCAAGAAGACUACCAAGGAGUUGUUUUUGGAAGUGACCAGUUCAACCAGCCUGCAGACCUGUAAAGACAUUAUGGACGCUCUGAUCAUAAAAAUGGCAGAGUUGAACAAGUUCACAGCGGAGCAUCGCGAGGAGGCGGGGUCAGACGGGGAAGGGGAAGGCCCGCCCGAGCCGGCGGCCAGCGUCGAGACCUCCAGCGAACUGAUCGUCCAGCAGGUCCGAACCGUCGACCAGGACGGGAACCUGAAGGUCGUCUACCCGUCGAAGACCGACCUCUCCUCCAGCGACGUCAGCAAUUUGACCAUCGUUUGGUAGACGUGCUGUGGACGACCUGCGACGUCUGUAUUUAAAAUGUGUGUGUAACUGGAUUUGCAAGGAUGUACUAAGGAAAUCUGCAAACAUGUAUUCAUAAUCCAUGUCUUUUAUUGGAUUUGGACGUUUGCAAAUAAAUAUCUGCAAAUGCGUAUUCAGAUUUCGUGUGUGCAAUCGGAUUGAAAAGUUGGAUUUUAAAUGUGUAAGGCAAAUGUCUUCAAAUAAGUAUGGGAUUUGCAAUGUAUUCAUAUCUGUAAAAGCAUAUAUAGAGAGAGUAUUUUGCCUAAAGAGCUCAAAGUACAGAUACGUCCUCAGUUUCUACUCAGGCGGCGACUGAGCAGAGUUUUUUUACACGUGAUUUCUGCUACACUUGUGCUGUGGCAGAUCUGGGAAUAUGUGUUGAGAUUUUUCUGUGUUUUCUGGAGCUGCAGCCUUCAUCCCACUAGGUGGCUCUUCAUCUCAUUUAUGCGUUUACAGAUCUGUUUUCAGAGUUACAGAUAUAAGUACGCUUGCAAAUCUGAAUACCUAUUUGAUGGUAUUUUCUUUGCACAUCUUCUGAAUACGUAUUUGCAUAUAUUUUCUUGUACAAAUCCAGUUACGCACACACAUGGAUUUUGUACAUAUUUGCAAAUCCAAUUAUACACACACAAAGAUUUUAAAUACACAUUUAAAGGUUGUUUUUACACGUUUUGAAAUCUGUUUACACAAAUUCUAGGUACAGAUUUGUAGAUCCACGUGCACAAAAAAUAAAGCAUUUGGAGAUUCUUUUACACAUUCAUAAAUAGUUUUGCUAAUAAAGGCUUCAUUGAUUUCAUCAUGGAACCUUUACAACAUGAACAAAAUGUAGGGUGAAUUUGGGUAAUCUUCUCUAACAGCACUAGAAGAAAGGUUGGAGAUCUCAUACUCAGAGGAGACAUGACACAACUAUAAUUUUUCUCAGUGCCAAAAAAGACAAUUCUGCCAGAAUCUGGGAUAAUAUUUUUUUUUUAAAGCAUUAUGAGAAAAGGAAAGAAAGCUUAAUGUAUAUAUAAUGUGUAUAUUAUGUAUAUUCUUUAUUCUCUAAAGAACCCAAGCCUAAAUAAAUAAACUCUGAAUUAAUUCAUUCUGUUAAAGGUGUGGUACAUUUUUAAAUAAAUCAAUUCAAAUUCAAUCAACAGCAGGUAUGAGAUUAUUCAUUCCGUAAUUCACCAUUCUACUGGGGCUACUCAGGAACAGAGUCCUUGCCGGUGAGAGACUCAUCAUCGAUCACUGUUGUGUUCUCCACACGUUUGGUGAAACUAAUGGCUGCAGUCCACAGGAGAGACUGUUUUAUGGAUCAUAUCUGUGCCAGAGAGCAAACUGAUUAUGUGCUAGUUAGUAAACAAUAAGUUUAAAACUGACAGGGAUAGACUGUAGUUUCAGUUAACUCCUGUCUGAUAAUUAUCUUUUCUUUUUACUUCGGGAAGUUCCUUAAUAUAUGUCUUCCAUUUAAAGAACUUCACUGUCCCAGAUUACACCAAGAAUGCUGUCCAACAUGAUCAUUCAAUUUUUUUUAAACUCGAUGCAUUUUUGGUUGCUUGAAUACGUCACCAACAUGAUUUGAUAGCAAUUAGGAGGCUUGUCUUGUUUAUGACACAUUUAUGUCCUUAGCAAUAAUCUUAGAUUGUGUUGGAACCAUCGACUGUAGGAACAGGAAAUAAUCCAACUGAAGAGUGGGUGUCCCACAUUACCUGAAUUCACCCAACAUGCUUUUACUUUGUAAUCAUCACUUGUAUGAUAAAUGUGCAUCUUUUUUAACCAUAUGCUAUUAUAAUUAAAGAAAAAAAUCUUUUUUCACUACCA